CGCAAACCGGGCCGACGCCUCGUGGUACCCGUCCCCACCUCCAUACACAUCCUCAGCUCGCGCUCGCCCCCUCCGCGCUCUGGCCGUGACCAGCGCAGUGUUUGCAGGGACCAUUCUGCUGGGCGGGGCGACGAUACACGGGGAUGCGGAUGUGGACGCGGACGCAGAGCCUGAUAACAGCAAGCCGGGAGGACACCGCCCCGCGUCCUUAUCGUCGCUCUUCCGCGCGUACACUGUGUACGCGAUGCUCUCCAUCCCAAAGCUCGUCGACUGGUCUCCGGCGAUGCUCACUGCGCUCCUCUCUGUUCCGGGGGUCAAUGUGAUCACGAGGGCGUUCGUAAGGUCCACGUUCUUCGCGCACUUCGUCGGCGCUGAGACGGCGCUCGAAGCCAUGCCUCUGCUCGAGCAGCUGCGGCGCGAGAACAAGGGCGCGCUUUUCGCGUAUUCGGUCGAGGUCGACGCCGAUCAGGCGACCGGUAACGCGGCUGCACAGCGCAGCGCGCCGCACAAGCAGGCGAUCGAAGAGAUGAUCUACUCUAUUGAUAUCGCGGCGGACUUUGAGGACAAGUACGCGCAGGGAGGGAAGGCGGGGAGGAGGACGUGGGUCGCUGUCAAGCUCACUGCUCUGCUGCCUGACGCGAGCACCUUGACGAGACUAUCGCUCCACCUCUUGAUGGCGCGCAGGGCUUCGGAGGGGACCUCAGUCGUUUUUCCCGGAACGCCUACUUCCUCAGAUUUAGAUGUGUUGAAGAAGACACCGGUCGAUUCGCCGCUGACUGCAGAGGACGUCGCAGCGCUGAAGGAGCUUCAUGAUGAUCUUGUGAGGGUUUGUAAACGUGCGCAAGAGAGGAACGUGAGGAUCAUUGUGGAUGCGGAGUACAGUUGGUAUCAGCCCGCGGUGGACGCAUACACACAUGCACUCAUGGAGCGUUUCAACAAGACCAGCUGGCUCUCAUGGGCCCAGACACUAGGCGGCAGCGGCAGCGUACAGCCGCUGGUGUACAACACCUUCCAGGCUUACCUUCGCCGCACGCCCGCACACCUGCAAGCAUCCCUCGCCCGCGCCAAAGCCGGAGGCUACGCCCUUGGCGUAAAGCUCGUCCGUGGCGCAUACCACCCACACGAAAUCGACGCUUUCGCCUCUGCCAAGGCUGAGGGUGGCUCCUCGUCUUCGCCCUCAAUCUCGAUAUCGCCGGAAACUGAACCGCCUGUAUGGACGAGCAAAGCUGAGACGGACGUGUGCUACGACGCGUGUGCGGCGCUCUUAGCUGGGCAGGUCGCGCAGGAUGUUCUGAGAGCGGGUUCUGGUUCUGGUUCUAGCGGUGGAGCGCAACCGCGCAUAGGGGUGUUGUUCGGGACGCAUAACUGGACGAGCGUGGACCGGAUACUGGAUGCGCUUGUUACGCAGGGUGCUGCGAAGCGGGAGGUGAACGAAAAGGACGGGAAGGAUGUGAUCGUGGUUGGGAAGGAGGUCACGGAGAGGGUGGCGUUUGGGCAGCUUCUUGGAAUGAGCGAUGCGCUGACGGAGCAUAUCGUUCACUCGACGAACACCGAGACACCCUUCGUGCUCAAAUAUGUUCCAUACGGCGCCCUCGCGGACGUGAUGCCCUACCUCAGCCGCCGCGCCAUCGAGAACAAGUCCAUCCUCGGUGAUGGCGCGGCGUCUCUCGAGCGCAAACGCGCUGGCGCGGAGAUUCGCAAACGGCUCUUUGGGAGGAACGGUGUUCCUUGGUUUUGAUUCGCACUGAUCUAGAUAGACUUGAUUGUGGAACAUUUGGAAAUAGAAGACCGCACUCUGUUACAUCCACACUCUGAC